AUGAAGAAAAAGGAGAAGAUAAAGAAGACUCCCCGUAUGCGUGGUAUAAACCCCGACAGCGAAUCGCUACCUCCAUCGCCGUUACGCGUCGCCUCACUUUUGGUGUCUUAUUUUUCACUGAAGAUGGCAGAAGAAUUGCCUUCUACAUCCUCAACCUCUCCGCAGCAGCAGCAGCAGCAGCAGCAGCAGCAGCAGCAGCAGCAGCGGGGGUAUUGUGUAGGUAUAGACCUCGGCAGCAGCAGCAGUGUUGUUGCUGCUGCAGCAGCAGCAAACCCUCUUGCGGUUUCAGUUGAAGUCAAUCGAUUAGCAAACAGAUCAACGCCCAGUGCGCUUGCAUUCGAUGGGGUCACUCGGGUUGUGGGUGAGGAGGCUGAGUCUCGUCUGGGGUCUUCAUCUAGCAGCUGCAUUGAGGGUUUAGGGUUAUGGUUGUCUGUUGCUUCAGCAGCAGCAGCAGAAGGUUUGCUGCAGCAGCUGCCGUACUGCAGCAAACCCAAACUCAAGGAGACACCCGAAGGUCUUGCACUCGUGCUCUCCUCUCCACAGGGAGAAGAUCAAUUCCUUCCUGUAUCAUUGGCUGUAGGACAUUACUUACGUAGUUUGUUAUCUUUUGCUGCUUCUUCUCAUCCCUCCGAGUCUCUCAUUUCUUUAGCUAUUUGUAUAUCUGCGAGAGAUUUUGCUGCUGCAGCAGAGCUGCUGCUGCAAGCAGCAGCAGCAUGUAAUCUCUUAGAAGGAGUUAAUUUGUUUAUUCUUUCAAGGUCAGAGGCCCUCAUUAAUUGUUGGGCAGCAAGACAUCUUCCUGCUGCCUUCUACGACCUCCAGCAGCAGCAGCAGCAGCAGCAGCAGCAGCAGCAGCAGCAGCAGCAGCAGGAGCAGCAGCAGGAAGUGCUGCAUAUAGGACUUGUUGAUGUAGGUAAUAUGGAGACAGUUGUGCAGAUUGUAAAACUGCAGAAAACAGACAAAGGAGACAUCUCGCCACAGCCACUUGCAUGCACAACAGACCCCUCACUCGGUGUUGCUGCGGCUAUAACACUUGUUUGCGAGUUCAUAGCUGGUGAAGUUAAAAAGAAAUAUAAUCAGGAUAUCCCUAAGCACUCCAAGAAAGCCACCCGCCUCUUCGCCGCCAGCGCAUUGAUGACAACUGUCUCCUCUGCAUUAAAAGAAAGUAAUUUGUCUCCUUCAGAUGUUGUAGCUGUAGAUAUUGUUGGCGGUGGUUCUCGCAUACCUUGGGUUGCUGCAGCAUUAGAAGAAGCAUUUGCAGACCCAACCCAGCAGCAGCAGCAGCAGCAGCAGCAGCAGCGGAGCAGCAAACUGAGGCGUACGUUAGAUGGAGGCAGCUCUGUAGCGAUGGGCGCUGCGAUGUUUGCUGCGGGUUUAAAUUUUGUCUCCCCUUCGCUUGACGUCAAACAAAUGCUCAGUCAUAUUUCACAGGAAAAUAUACAGCGUUUAAAAGAAGUGGAUGAAGGGUUAUUGUUAUUAGAGUCCAAGGAGAUGAGGAGGCUGGGAGCGAGAAAUAAACUUGAAGCAUAUUUAUUAGAGAUAAGAGCAGCAGCAAGAGAAGCAAGGGGGUCUUGUUUGCUGCAGCAGCAAGUGCAGCAGCUGCUGCAGCAAACAGAAGAAUGGUUGUUAGAUAAUGAAGCAGCAGCAGAGAGUGAGUAUGCUGCUGCACUUCAAAAAGUUGAGGAGACACUCCAAAGAGAUUGUAAAGAGUAUUUUGAUGCUGUAGAGGAGGAGAAGAAGCAAAAAGAAGGUGAAAUUCAAGCUGCUGCUGCUGCUGCUGCUGCUGCUGCUGCUGCUGCUGGAGGGGGUGAAGAUAUGGAUAUUAAACUUCCAAACUCUCAGUGCAUCAAACGAGCGAAGAAAAACAAAGAAGAAGCAAACGAACUCUUCAAAGACGGGAACAUUGAGUUGGCGGUGCAGCGGUACAUCAAGGGUCUGCAGUAUUUAGCAAAGGUCUAUGAUUUGUCUCCUCAAGAUGAAGAAGAAAUCAAAACCCUUAAGCUAUCUCUACAGCUCAACUUAUCCCAAGCAUAUCUAAAGCUAGCCGGCACAGAUCUUAAAGCUCCGACAUGUGAGCCCUUUGCAAAGAAAGCAAUCGCUAGCUGCGAUGCUGCGCUUGAAAUAGACGAUCAGUGCUUGAAGGCCCUUUAUCGCCGGGCGGUGGCCAACGAGAGGCUGAAAGAAUACAACAACGGCCUGGCGGAUGUAAAGAAAGCUCUGAAAAUAGUUCCUGAGGAUGCGGAUUUCUUGAAGCUGAAGGAGAGGCUCGAAGCGCGAUUAAGGGCAGAGAAAGAGCAGCAGAAAAAGAUAUACUCCAGGAUGUUCGGCUGA